GGCGCGGCCGAGGGAGCGGGCCCGGCGGGGCCGCGCGGCGCAGCGCGGGGCGGCGGCGAGGGACCAUGUCCACUCGGCGCCUCCGCAGCGAGGACUACAACGACUACAGCUCCACGGACGUCACGCCGGAGGGGAGCCCUCCUGGGGGCAUGAAUGGCUUUGCCCACCCCGAGUCCUACCAGCGCUUUGGGGAGACCAACGGGACGACGUGGUACCAGACCCUGAUCCAUCUGCUGAAGGGGAACAUCGGCACGGGGCUGCUGGGACUGCCUCUGGCUGUGAAGAAUGCCGGUAUCCUGCUGGGCCCUCUGAGCCUGCUGGUGAUGGGAAUCGUGGCUGUGCACUGUAUGGGCAUCCUGGUGAAAUGUGCCCAUCACUUCUGCUCCAGGUUCCAGAAGCAGUUUCUGGACUACGGGGGUACGGUGAUGUAUGGGCUGGAGUCAACACCCUGCGCCUGGCUGCGGACUCAUGCCAUCUGGGGAAGGCGUAUAGUGGGGCUUUUCCUGAUCAUCACUCAGCUGGGCUUCUGCUGCGUGUACUUUGUCUUUCUGGCUGACAAUCUGAGACAGGUCGUGUCUACAGCAAAUGGAACCACCAAUGACUGCAGCUUGAACAGGACAGUGACCACAACCCCCACCAUGGACUCUCGCCUGUAUAUAGUUUCUAUCCUGCCUUUCGUGGUGCUGCUCACAUUCAUCCAGAAUCUGAAGGUCCUGUCUAUCUUCUCCAUGCUGGCCAACAUGGCCAUGCUUGUCAGCAUUAUUGUCAUCUACCAGUACGUUGUCAGGGAUAUUCCUGAUCCCAGUGACCUGCCUCUAGCAGCAGCCUGGAACACCUACCCUCUGUUUUUUGGCACGGCGGUCUUUGCUUUUGAAGGCAUCGGGGUGGUGCUGCCUCUGGAAAACAAGAUGAAGAACCCACGGCAGUUCCCAGUCAUCCUCUAUGUGGGGAUGACCAUUGUCACCUUGCUGUACAUCAGCAUGGGUCUCCUGGGCUACCUGCGCUUUGGGGCCAGCAUCCAGGCCAGCAUAACGCUCAACUUGCCCAACUGCUGGCUGUACCAAGCUGUCAAGCUGCUCUUCUCCUUUGGCAUUUUCAUCACCUAUGCCUUGCAGUUCUAUGUGCCCGCUGAGAUCAUCAUCCCUCCCCUCGUGGCCCGGGUGUCGGAGCGCUGGGGCUGGCUGGUCAACCUGCUCCUCAGGAUGGCCCUGGUUGGCCUGACCUGCGUAUUGGCCGUCCUCAUCCCACGCCUGGACCUGGUCAUCUCGCUGGUGGGCUCGGUCAGCAGCAGCGCCCUGGCUCUCAUCUUCCCUCCGCUGCUGGACAUCGCCACCUUCUAUGGAGAAGGCAUGCACCCCCUCACCAUCACCAAGGACAUCCUCAUCAGCCUCCUGGGCUUUGUGGGCUUCGUGGUGGGCACGUACGAGGCGCUGGUUGAGCUGGCAGCGCCCAGUGCCACUGUGGUGAACGGCACCCAGGCCCUGCUGCUGUGACAGUGCCCCCUGCCCUGCCAGCCCCGAUGGAUGCUGGAUGGGGGGCACACGGGCAUCUGGUGCUGCUGCUCUGGGCUGCUCUCCUGGCAGUGCUGUCCCCUCUCCUUCUUGGAACCAUGGUGGGAUGGGGCUGCCCACCGUUGCAGCCGCUUGCCCACAGCGGGGUCCCAGGCUGGGGAGGUGGGAGCCAGGCCAGGGCAGUGCCUUCCCCAGGGGCUUUUUUGGCAGGUGAUACAGCAAAAAAGCACCCUUGGCACCUGUGUAAAUAGUCCCUUUGAGAGGAGAGGAGCCCUGGAGAUGCAGAUUUUAGUGAUUAAUUCAUUUUUAACUCUCACCCUUUCCGUGUUUCCCCUGUGCCUCAGUCAGGGCAGGGAACAGGGAACAGGGACUGCUCUUUUUUGUGCCAGUCUGUCUUUGGGUUUUUUUGGUUUGUUUUUUUUUAAUCCCUCAGCACUUUAUUUUUACAGCAACAGAGAAACCUCAGGUUGGAGAGCGUGGAGCUGCUCCCUCACCCCAGCCUUGGGGGGAGGGCAGGCAGGGCCCAAGGUGUGGAGCAUCCGAGGGCACCGGCUGUCCCGCAGCGGGCCCCCCAGUCACGGGCAUUGGCUCCUGCCGUGCUCCAUCCCCAUUUGCAGCCUCCUCAGGGGCUGAGCAGGGCCAGGAGCUGGGCACUGGCAGGGUUUGCUGAACCCUGGACCCACGCUUUUAGUAGUGACACUUUUUUCCCCUGUCUAGCGCACAGAGCCGAUACGUGGCUUUCGGGAGCAUUAGAGAACUGAGGUGUGUGGAGAGCCAACAGGCUCUGCCGUAAGGAGGGUCUGAGCCCUUUGCCUUUGGCUGGGAGCUCUUUCCCUGCAUGGGCUGGGCUGUCCCUGGGGAUGUCCCUGGGGUCACCCCAUGCUGUCUGCAUGCCAUAGGAAUGCAUCACUUUGUUUACAGUGCCCUCUGAGCUGGCCCAGCAUGCUCUGGUUGCCUCUGCAGGACACUACUGAAUGUCAAAUCAUACACAAAACCCUCAUCAGAUUUCUUUUUAAUCCUUUAUCUCCUGGUCCCACUCCCUCAGCACCCUCUGCUUCUGCCCCAGCUCCUGGUAGGAUGCAGCUCUCUGGUGCUUCUCCCUGUGCUCCCAUGGCUUCUUGUGUUGUGGCUGGUGCAUGUCUGAGGGGGAAUAGUCCUCACUACACUGCUAUUCUCCUUCCUCUCAGUAAGCCCAGCUUCUUGCCUAGAGUUUCCUUGCCUUUCUGCUGGAUUUUUAUCUUUUAAAAUGACAAGAGAGCAAAUGCAUCCUCUGUGGGGUGUCUUCUCCAAGCGAUGCGGAAAGAUGUUGGCCAAGACACCCCUCUGAACCCCAUGUCUGAGCCAAACCCCUCCCUGUGAACACAGCCUUUCCUGAACGCUGGCAGCGUGGUGGCUUCCUUCUGAGAGCCUUCAUCCCCACAGCUCACUGCAGCUGUGGCUCCUAGGGGUGGGCAAAGGCUGCUGGCAGUGAUAGGAAAGUAGGGGGAACACAGCCCCGAGUGGCUGCAACCCAUCUGUGUUGGAGGAUGGGUGAGGCUUGGGGGUUUUUUUUUGGUGGUUCUGAGAGGACAGGGCAGUGCACAGCAGUGUCCCUGCCUCUCCAGUGUGUGCUGUUUCAGUGUCUUGCACUGUGUUCCCUUUGCUGGCUCUGCUGUGGGUGCCAUGUGCCAGUACAUGGACCCACAGCCAGGUGCAGGGUAGGUCUGUGCUGCGUUGCUGCUCCUUUCCAACCCCUCAUGUGCUCACUUGCAUCUCUUGGUGCUCACCCUGUCUCCAAGUCUGUGCUGGUGAAGGUUUUGGUAUGCUCUGCCAUUGCUUCAUCAUGAGCAGAGCAAAGCUUUAACUGAGCUCCUCCGUCUCGAGGAUGCCAUGGGGAUAGGGAGCAAACACCCAGGUCUGGGAGCGGGCUCCAGGGUGUGCUGGGUGUGGCAGAAGUGCAAUAGUCACAUCCAUCGCUACGUACUCACCCCAGUGUGGCCCUUAGGGGUUGGCUUUGAGGGCAGAAUUGUAGCAUCAUAGUCACAGAAUGGUUGGGGUUGGAGGGGGACUCUAGAGAUCAUCCAGUCCAAUCCCUCUGCUAAAGUAGAGUCACCUAGAUCAUGUCACAGAAGAACACAUCCAGGUGGGUUGGAAACCUCCAGAGAAGGAGACUCCAAUCACAGAAUGGUUUGAGUAGGCAGGGACCUUAAAGAUCAUCUAGUCCUACCCCCAUGCCAGGGGCAUCUUCCACUAGACCAGGUUGCUCCAAGACCCAUCUAACCUGGCCUUGGCAGAAAUGUCUUCCUUGGCAGAGGAGGGCAUGCUGUGAGGAGCAGGGGCUGUCUGAUGCUUGCUCCCAGCUCUGUCAGUACCCUAUGAGAAGGCGUGACCACGUUUUGGAGAGCUGCCGUGUCCCAGCUCAGCACUGGCCAUCAGUGUGCUUGCUGGGGGAGCUCCUCGCAUCCAAACUCACUCUGCAAUCAGACCUCAUUUCCCAGGACACUGCCAUGUCCCAGAAUGACAGACAUCCCAGCAGCAUUAGACUUUUUAAUUGCGGUUCUUCUCUUUUAAUCCUCUGCCGAGCCGGGGGGACCUGACACGGGGCUCGGUGAACAGGGAAACCUGUCGCUUGUGUAUCAUAGGCUGCUCUGUAACCCAGGAGACUUGUUUGUGUAAAUAUAGAGAUGAUUGGUGUACAUGUCUUGUGCCUAUGGGUAUUGUCAGCGUGUGCAGCUGCCCAGUGGGAGAGCUGGUGCUGCACCUGGAUCAUGGAUCUAUAAUCAAUAAAUAUGAUCUAUUUUUUACGUGAAAA